AUGCCUGCCCAGUUGUUUCCCCUUACUGGCAAGAAGGUUUUCUUGCACUUAACCCGGUCAGAUCAAUUGACAAGAAUUUUGUGUAGACUCGGCGCUGAUGUAAGGCCAUUUUUCGAUACGUCUGUAGAAAUCGUAAUUUACAAUCCUGAACCACGACAAUCACCUACCUCAGCCCAAACACGACAAUCACCUACCUCAGCCGAACGCGCUCAACCAUCUUCAUCUCUUACUCCACUUUCUAGAGGUCGAGCUAUGGUUAUGGCCGCAAACCAAGGAACGACCCCCAGACCGAAUGAUGCUCUUUCCCAAGCUCGAGCACAUGGAAUUCGUCUAAUUACUCUUCAAGAGAUCAGGGAGAUGAUUGAAAGACUUCCUGAAAAUGUUCUGAGAGCAAUAUCUGGAAAUGACGAGGAACCCGAUUCUCAUUAUUUCGACCCAGAUAUUGACAGGAGAUUUAAUGUUCGACCCCUUCAAGGAGCAGCUGCCAAAGUGACCGAAAGGCGGAAUCAAUAUCGGCCACUUUAUGCAGAGAAUACUAACCUUGUGAGGGCACUCUGGCCCAGCCUUCGGGAGAUAAUACCUUCCGACUCCUCUAGGCCCUCAGAUACGGCUGCUGGUCCAUCCCAUCCCGUUUCUGGAUCGGAAGGGACCCCCCGGCCUCCCAUCCUCAUUACCCCUACAAUGUCCGGGCAGUCAAGACAAACAGCCGUGCCUUCUACUUCAACUCAACAUCCUAUCACAGCACCCAUCGGUCAAACUACUGGCGCUUCCCGUAUUGUACCCUCUGGCUCGAGGCAACGUGAAUCUCCUGCGGCGACGGGUCAUACUGGGUCUGAAAGGCGUUCACUGAGAUCUAUAAGGCGGGAAGAACCAAGUGGAUAUUGUGAAUUGUGUGCUACUUUUUUCCCGCAACUUUAUGAGCACCUACACUCUAGCGAACAUAUGGCAUUUGCAAACAAUCCCGAAAACUUCCGUGGUAUAGACGAUGCUAUUAGUACUUUCGAAUCACUUGAGUCAGAUUUGAGGAACUAUCUACACGGACCAACCGACCAGCCUUCAUCUUCUGUGGUCCAAUCUCCAUAUUUGGCGCCCGGCAGACCCGAUACGGAUCCCGUGGCGCCAGUUGCUAGGACCUCAGAUUUGCCUCAUCAACGUGUAGGGAAUUAUCACCGAGAAAUUCACUCAAGGCCAUUACCUGAAUCAUUUCCUCUUCCUCCACCACUUACUCCAAUUUAUCGCCAACCACCUGAACGUGAACGGCUACUCUUCGAGGAAGAUGAACCGGAUGAAGAUGAUUAUUACCAAGAUUCUCCUGAAUUUGAAUCAUCAUCUCCUUCAUCCCCUAGAGAGGACCCUAACCCAAAUCGUUUACCACGUCUCGCCCAAAAUCAUGUAUUCAAUUUCUCACAGCAAAGUUCACCAACCCAACAAGGUACCAGUUCUGAUCGUUCUGAACCUGUUAUUCAUGUACCAGAAGAACAACAAUCCUCACCGGUAUCUAUCACCUAUGAGACCGAUAAUGGUCGGUAUGGUUUUGGUCGCUAUGACCAAACCUACGAUUUUCCAGAGCCCGAAUCACGUGAGCCAGAGGAAAUGCAACCACAGGAUCCUAGCAGUAGUGGCCCCACAGAAACUUAUGAGCCCGAGCCACCUUCGCCAGUGGAAAUGCAACCACAGGAUCCUUACAGUGGUGGUGCCACAGAAACUUAUGAGACUGGUUCAUGUGGGUCAGAGGAAAUGCAAACACAGGAUUCUUAUAGUGGUGGUGCCACAGAAACCUAUGAGCCCGAAUCACGUGAGCCAGAGGAAAUGCAACCACAGGAUCCUAGCAGUGGUGGCCCCACAGAAACUUAUGAGCCCGAGCCACCUUCGCCAGUGGAAAUGCAACCACAGGGUCCUUAUGGUGGUGGUGCCACAGAAAAUUAUGAGCCACGUCGAAGUGAUCGUGGGGAAAGACAAACUUCCGGUCGUAGUCGAGUUGAUAUAUCCGGUACAAGCGCUCAUCAGGUUCGAGCUUCAUCUGAUCAACAACGACAAGAAGGUUCCACCGCCGGCAAUACUCUUGCACUUCCUGGUGCUCGUAUUGCGGAAAACGAAGAGAAUAAUGAUCAAUCACCCAAUGAUUUCUCAUCCUCGAACUCUGUGCAGAUUGGUGGACGUUUCAGAUCAUGCCGCAAGUGUGGAAUUGCACAUAUUCCUUCCACAGUUUCCUCGGACUUAUUGCAGAAAAUGUCUCAGUAUAUACCUGGGAGAGACAUUGAUUCAUUUUGUCCAAGAGCACCCCAUAGUGCUACUCCUGAUCCCGAAUCUGAUGCUCAGACGAAUCAGAAUGCCAGUGUUUGUUCGCGUCCAUCAUCAAGAAUCUUUGAUGGCGCAGAACCAAACGGUGAACAGCUAGGAAAGAGCAUUGAGCGAUCUCCGGUUUUGAACGAUGUACCAUUAGUAGAAGGGGAUCAUCAUACGCCUAUUAAUGACCGAUCUCUAAGUCAGUUGCCAGUUUUUGAGGAAGAGAAAAAAAUUCACGAAAAGGUUUCUGCCAAUUCUCCGCUUUUGGAAGGGUGUGAAACUGCUGAAUUAAGGGAGCAUGGUCAGUGUUUACCUAUUACUUCACCGCACAAGUCGCCUGUUUUAGAAGACACUGGUGAAACACUACCGAUAACGUAUGAGCAGCAUCGAUCUUACGUUUGUGGUGAGGACAUACUUGAAGAAAAUAAGCCACUGGAACGGUCUAACCCAGGGGAAGCUGUGCAUCCACAACGAUCUCCUAUAUUGGAAGACGAUGAAACUGCGUCACUUUCGCGUUCUGAAAAGGAUUCUCCUCGAAACUCUUUUUCUGCUCAAGUUUGUGCUGAGGACUCACCGCAUGGAUGCGAUUUACGAGUGCAGCCAAAUGUCGAGAGAUACCACUCACUGUUACAGUUGGGCAACGAAUCAAGUCCUACUGGACUUUCGUGUCUACAGCGGCCUCUGAGUCCCGAAGUGGCAAGUUUAGCUGGACCUCGUGAGCACGUUGAGGAACAAGAACGCCGAAAUGCUCGUCUUCCACGUAGAGCCUCCUUGGUAGCACGAGAAGCUAUUGGUCUUUCAAUGCAGGCUCUUUUCACACCAACGAAGCUUACUUCCGAUCGAGUUUUUGAAAAAUCACAUUCACAGUCUUCUGAUAACUGGUCAGUUGAUUCAUCCAGCAAUAACGGUACCUGCAAGCUAAUCCUACGUAGAGUGAAUAGGACCAAUCAAACAGAUGUAAAAUCUGUUUCUUCUUGUUCUUCUCCUCGUGCAAGAUCUCUUCCUCAUAUUUUACAAUCCUCCCAAGCCAAUUCGAACAUUUCCGCAUCUCUGAGUUCCAUUGAGGAGACCGAGGACAACGUUGACACACCAAAGGCCAGUAAAUUGGAAGAAAUCUGUGUUAAUACAAUUACUGAUUCCUUGAAGGAUGACGAGGAUACUCCUAGACCAUGCAGUCGCAAAUCGUUUGCACUGAGAGAGAGUAACAGAAUCAUAUCCAGUGAUGAAGAAAACAAAGGCGGCACCUCAACUUCGAAAGGAGUAUGGAGGCUGUUAACCUUCAACAGCGACGAUGCAACUUCUUCAGUUACCGCUGAUAACACGACUGUUAACGCUUCAAUUUCUUGUCAAAACGCUCAUCCCAGUAGUGAGGGCGAUAAUGAAGAAGAAAUUAAAGAAUUUGAUGAUCGUGAUUGUGAAGUUCGUGGAGCUUAG